AUGAGUGUCCACGGGAAAGUGGCUCUGGUCACCGGCGGCGCGCAAGGCAUCGGAAGAGCCGGGGUGGAACAUCUCCUGGAGAACGGGGCGAAGGUUGCACUGGUAGACCUGAACCAGUCUGUGGGAGAGGAAUGUAAAAGUGAUCUAGAUGGCCAGUUUGGAGAGGAUAACUGUAUUUUUAUCCAAUGUGACGUGACUGACGCGGGAAAACUUAGAGAUGCCUUUCAAAACACAGUAGAGAAGUUUGGUCGGUUGGAUAUCGUCAUCAAUAAUGCUGGAAUCAACAAUGAGAAGAACUGGGAAAAGACCAUUGAAGUAAAUUUGACAUCUGUCAUACAAGGGACGUAUUUAGCACUAGAACACAUGAGUAAAGAGUACGGAAAAGAAGGAGGGGUUAUCAUCAACGUUUCAUCUAUGGCAGCAUUUCUCCAUUCUCCUCACCAGCCAGUAUACACAGCGACAAAGCAUGGGGUGAUUGGAUUUUCAAGAGCCAUUGCAGACGCAUCUGAACAGGGCAGUUAUGGAGUGAGGAUCAACACACUGUGCCCAGCCUUCGUGGACACACAACUCCUUCGCACUGUGGAGCAUGAGGAAACAAUGGGCAAGUUUGUCAAGUACAAAGAUGAAUUCAAGCAAAGGAUGGACAAGUAUGGCGUUCUUAAACCAUCUCUGAUUGCCGAAGGAAUGCUGCGAAUGGUAACAGAUGAAAGCCUAAACGGAGCCGUGAUGAAGAUCACCUGUUCUAAAGGCAUUCACUUCCACACCUAUGAACCUCUUUCAGCUUGAGAGUGAUGCCUUCAUCAAACAUGUUUGCCUUUUUUCUCUCCUCUCCAUUCCUCAUCAGAACAUUUAUUUUAUUGAAGUCCAGU